CGAACCCACAGACAGAUAUAGAAACUACCUAUUCUUCUUCUCUCGUUUAAAAAUGCUCUUCAACCUCAAGCCCACCCUCCUCUUCGGUCUAGCCCUAACCGCAGUCGCCAGCCCGAUCGCCAGCGACACCGACCCUCUGGAGGCGCGCGACCUGCUCAGCCUCCUCCCCCGCGCCCAGGUCAAGGACGUGAACUGCGGCGGGGCCAAGUUCACCGCGGCCAACAUCAACGCGGCGAUCAAGCAAUCCAAGGUCGUCGAGACGGCGCGAGCGGCGGGCCAGAAGGGCUAUGGCAAGUACCCGGAAACGUACGGCAACGGCGAGAAGUUCUUCAAAUCCACCAGCCAGCUGUAUGCGUACCCGUUGAUUUCGGGGGUUUAUUCUGGAAAGUCCAGUGCCGGUGAACCUGGCAAGUAUCGGGUUAUCAUGAAUGAGAAAUACACGUACAUGGGGUCUGUGUAUCAUCCCCCCGGGACGGGCAAUAGCUAUAACCUGUGUGUCAAUGAUGAGGCGGCGGCGACAACGACCACCACCACUACCACCACUACCACCACUACGACAACGAAGGCGGCGAAGACAAAGAAUUGA